AUGGCCAGGAGUCAAGAUGGGAUCACUGCCCCCUUUUCAGACCCAGUCUACCUGAAAGCAGCCGUCUUGGAUCCAGCCUUUUCUCUGCUGUGGGUGGAGCCUCAUGUGCUGGUCAAUCGUGACAUCAAGGCAGAGGUGGCACAACAAGUUAAAGAAUUGAUCCUGCAAGAUGCUGCAGAGACUGAACAACCUGUGCUUCUUGGUGAUGAAGAGGACCUUGGUGAAGGAGAAGGGCUGUUUGGUGCAUACCGUAAGAGGCAGAAGAAGGAUGUCGGGACCUCUCCAGCACUACAGCUAAGUCACUACCUAGACAUAGCCGAUGGAGAGAGCGCCCUUUUGUUCUGGGCACUAAACAUGAAGACUCUUCCUUCACUCUACCGAGUGGCCAUCAGAGUGUUAGCAGUGCCUGCCUCUAGUGCUCCCGUGGAGCGAGUUUUCAGCCAUGGGCAGGGAGGAAAGGACGCUCUCCAGUUGUGUGCGCUCCGCAGCUCUGGCUCCGAGUUAAAGAGUUUAGAAAUGACAUUAGCCGCGCUGCUGGUCGCCCAUUGGCUCAGACGAACUGCCCCCCUUUUCCUUUCCUUUCCCUCUGCUCCACACGCACAGACCUCCACGGCGACGCGCGCACACGUCCACGCAGCUUGA